GGAUCCACUACCUAAGAUGUCAUUGUAAUGUUACUUAUCUGAGGUGAAACUGAAGCCCUUAUCUCUGGCGCUGGGCAGCAAUUAAGUGCGGAGGUUGCCUUUUAAAGGCAUCAAGUCCUUAGCUUGGAUCCUUGAAUACUGAACACCAUGAGCAACUACAGCGUGUCUUUGGUUGGCCCAGCUCCUUGGGGUUUCAGGCUUCAAGGUGGCAAGGAUUUCAACAUGCCCCUGUCCAUCUCUCGGCUUAACGACGGUGGAAAAGCAGCCCGAGCACACGUGGGGAUCGGUGACGUGGUUCUCACCAUUGAUGGGAUAAGUACAGACGGGAUGACUCAUCUAGAAGCACAAAACAAGAUCAAGGCAUGUACAGGCAAUCUGAAUAUGACUUUGCAAAGGGUGGCUUCUGCAACAAAACCUGAUCUUAUUCAUGUACCAAAGGGAGAACCUAAAGAAGUAGUUAAGCCUGUGCCUGUUGCCUCUGCUGCUGCAUCCAAAGUCACUGCCAUGGCCAGUGUGGCUUACAAUAAGACCCCGAGGCCAUUCGGAGCUGUGGCCUCCUCAAAAGUCACCUCCAUCCCGUCACCGUCCUCUGCCUUCACCCCAGCCCAGGCGGCACCCAUGCUCCCCACCCCGGCCCCAUUUGCUGCACCAGGACUGCAUGUUAACGCCAAGCCUAAUGCUGAUGGGCGGCCGCCCACGCCAAGCACUGCUAAACCUGCCGUUAAUGUCCCACGGCAGCCUGCCACGCACAAUGCCGCCCCAGGCGGCCAUGUCGGCGACAACACCCAGGAGCUAGCGGAGGGGCUGCGACGAGGAUUCAGAGAGAACCAGGGUGACAAUAAACAGCAAAAUGGCCCACCACGGAAGCACAUUGUGGAUACCUAUACGGAGUUCUACCACACCCCUACUCACAGCGAUGCCAGCAAGAAGCGGCUGAUCGAAGACACUGAAGACUGGCAUCCCCGGACAGGCACUACCCAGUCACGCUCUUUUCGCAUCCUUGCCCAGAUCACCGGCACUGAUCAUAUGAAAGAACCAGAACAUGAAGGUUCAAAGAAGUCUAAGGAAAAAAAAACAGAGAAUGGAGAGAUCAGUGAAAAUGAUGCUAGACCAGAGUCUGCAGCCACUUUUCUGCCGAUAGCAGAGUCCUCCCCUGGCAGUGUCCCAUCUUUCAGACUCACUGAACACAUUGAUGCAACAGCUCCUGGGAGGGAAAUAACUGCGGAGUUGCCCUCUCCUGACGCAUCAGUCCUUUUGCCAAGCACCGCUGGCACAGAGCCUCCUCUCCCUGCAAAGUGCAGUGUGGCUACACAGACCCCAGAGCCCCCUCUGCCCACCCCUACGGCCAUGCAGCCACCUUUUGCAGCCCCAUCUGUGGAAGCGACUCCUGUUGUGCCUCCUCGUCCUGCCAGGCAUGAUGCAUCUGUGCCUACUUCCGAAACAAAUGCUUUUGGUAAUAUCUCAAGCUGUCAGUCUAAAUCGUCCAUAAGUCACACAAGUUUGUGUGCUAGAACAGAAUUUCUGGGAAGUCCUUCAGGAAGUCUGGCCAAGCUUGGACCUGCUCCUGUUCCAGUUUUUUCUCCUUUCAAGCAGAGAUCAAAAAUUAAGCGUAUGGCUGCUGCUGCCGUGUCUGCUGCCAUUGCUGUUCAUGCCAGGCUCUCAGAACCUAGUGCUUACCGCUUGCUCUUGGAUGCCCUGCUCAUCACCCCUGUCACUAAACCUCCUCUACAAGCCAGCAGGCCCUCCAGGAAGUCAACAAGUGCUCUGGAGUUGCCAAACAGCAAGAGUGAUUCCGUGGAGCCUACCCCACCUGCCACUUCAGUGAGGAAUGUGUCUGCCAGCCACGAAAGCCCAGAUGCUAAACCUACCCCCACCAACAAUGCCACAUCUCCUUCAGCACCCAAGCCAACAGGACCCCCAAGCAGUGCCAAGUACUCAGGCUGGCAGCCUCCAAGCCAAGCAGCUCCUGCCAGUGGAUGGACAUCAAACAGUAUUAAAACAUUUGGAACAAUUGCUCCAAGUCAGAAGUUUGAAACAGCUCCUCAGCUAACAGAGCAGGACACAUUAGUUCAGAGGGCAGAGCAUAUUCCUGCAGGAAAGCGUACUCCAAUGUGUGCACAGUGCAAUCAAGUCAUUAGAGGACCUUUCUUGGUGGCCCUAGGGAAGUCAUGGCACCCAGAGGAAUUUAACUGUGCUCACUGCAAGACUUCCAUGGCUUACAUUGGAUUUGUGGAAGAGAAAGGGGCUCUGUACUGUGAGGUCUGCUAUGAGAAGUUCUUCGCACCUGAGUGUUCCAAGUGCCAGAGGAAGAUCCUUGGAGAAGUAAUAAAUGCUUUGAAACAAACUUGGCAUGUUUCCUGCUUCGUGUGUGUGGCCUGUCAUAACCCCAUCCGCAAUAAUGUCUUCCACUUAGAAGAUGGUGAUCCCUACUGUGAGACGGAUUACUAUGCCCUCUUCGGUACUAUGUGCCACGGCUGUGAAUUCCCCAUUGAAGCUGGAGACAGGUUCCUUGAAGCCCUGGGCCACACUUGGCAUGACACUUGCUUUGUAUGUUCGGUAUGUAAUGACAGUUUGGAGGGUCAGACUUUCUUCUCGAAGAAGGACAAGCCACUUUGCAAGAAACAUGCUCACUCUAUCAACAUCUGAUUCUUGGAGCUCAUCUUGUUUAGCAAGUGUACUGAGCAGAAGGAAAGGUCAAAAUGUCUGUGUUCAAUAAUUGGUUAGAAUUAUUAUAUAUGCUAUGUUAAAAAUGGAAGAGAAAUGUGGAAAAUUUAGGUGUUUGUACACUAUUUUUAAAGCCCUUAUCAGUUAGGGAUUUGCUUCAUAAAAAGAUGGGAAUUGGGAAUCGAACCCAAGCCAAACUAUUAGAGUGCCUUUACAUCUGUGCUUGGCAUAUUAUCAGGUCAUGAUUUUAUGACCACAUUUAUAUAUACUUACAUAUGGGAAGGGAAACUUCUCUAAAAAUAAAUAGCUGAUACUAAUGUGUUGGUUUUGCUGCUGUUCAACAAACAAAAUGAGAUUGGCUUCAGUGAUCCAGAUCACUUUAUUUUGCUGAUGUUUUCUAAAGUGUAUCUAGAAGUACUGAAGCUAAACUCCUUUAAAAAGAGCUCAAAGCAAAAAUAGGCUUACUUGGUAUGUAUGCAGUUCAACAACGAAUAAUUUCAUCUGAUGCUCUGAUUUAUGAAGCCGUAUCUGUGCCUUUAGCAGUGAGGUCUCUGAGGGCCUGCAGAGUACGUAUGUUUUUACAGAGCAAUUACGCAUAGGUGGCAACACGAGCAAACAGGAGUGACUUAGAAGAGGCCACUUGAAAGAAAGCGUAGAUGGGAUACCGUUCCUUACAUCAUGGCAUGUACUACCAGAACACUAGCCAAAACAAAAUGCUAGUUGAGUUGCAUUUGACAAGACAGAAAUGUCAGAUUAGAUCUUCAGUACAAGGAACUGGGAGUCCUCUGUUCUCAGCUGAAGUUUUAGGAAGUUUUCAGUGCCUUGGGAAGGAAAUCACAUUGAAUCUAUGCAUAAAAGUGUUUAUAACUUAAAUGUGAUGCUUUGGUGUUUAAUGAGGGAAGCUUCUGAAAUGCAACUGAGGAUACUGUUUUUCUCUUAGUGCACUAUUUAUGAUGUAGCUUAUAAAUACGUAUAUUGGUGGUGUGCCAGGUAGUGUACUGUAAACUUAUUUUCUUGCUCAGCUGUUAAUAUUUUUAUUAGUUUUGCUUUUUUCUCUCCUUUCCAGCAGAUGCAAGGAAUAUAUUGCUAAAUAAUGUAACAUUGAGUCAAGCAGUCCAGUAUUUCUUAGUUCUUGCAGGGGAAAGGAGACAAUACUGCCAUUAUGCAUUUAUUGCAAGCCAGGAGAUUUUGCCAAUCCUGUAUGAAUUUCACUUCCACAAAGAGUCAGCACGAGACCUGUGCACUAGCUAAUUUUCACUUGUCUUCAAAUUAGGGCUCAAGUGGUAUGGAGAAAUAGUAAGCAUAUAGGGGAGGGGUGAUGACCCUCUGCAUGGGAUGAAUUUACUCCAGCAGAGUUGCACAACAGAGGAUGCCCUCUUGGGGCUAUAUUAGAUUUCUGAUGCAAAAUACAUGUAUGUGCUAUUAAAUUCAACUGAGAUUUUAGAGCUGAAUUGUGUUAGGAUUCAGUGCUCUUUCCAACACACAUUCAAAAUGACCAUUUGGCCAUUUAGUGGUCAGGUUUUUUGUUUGUUUUCUUCUGAUUUCUUUUUUGUUGUUUGGAUUUUUGUUGCUGUUGUUUGUUUUUCUAAAUGAUAAAAAGAAGUUUAGACAUAAAUUCAUGGGAAAAAAUACAAAAAAAUUACUAUGAUUGAGUAAGAGGGAAUGUCAACAAAAGAGGGGGGGAAAAUGCACCAAAAUUGCUGUACUGAAAGAUGGAAAGGUAUUUCUUUAUAAUUCAGUUAAACAGAUUCACACGAUGGGCUGUUUCAUUUUUUUCACUUUAUUUCCUGAGGAUGUUUUUCUUCAAUACUGCUGUUUCAUUUUUAACUUCUGGUGGUAUGGAAGAAAUGUCACAAAGCUGCUUAAGAUGUUUAUACUAUUAUAGAUGUUCCCUUCUGUGAGUCUGCCUGAAAAUCAAAAGGGUGGAAGCUGAAUGGAUGAGAUAACAGCAAUAUGAGCCAGUUUACUUUUGAAAAAGAUGGAAUGUGGGAAAACGAGACCUAAGAGCUGGGUGUCCAUACAGCUACAUUGCACAUGUUUGAGGGGAGAGGAUAGGAAUGCACAGGGUAAGGUGGUAUUUUCUGCAGUUCAAACCUGGCAAUUUCUAAGUAGGAUAGAAGCUCUUCACUGGGUGCGAAGUUUGUCAAUGUUCUUACAGUCAAUUUGAUUUUUUUCCUUUUUUCUUCUUCUUUUUUUUUUUUUUUUUUUAAUUUUAUGUUCAUAAUUUUUAUUGGGUUUGUAUUUCUUAAUUCAUAUGCUCUAGCAUUUGAACUUUCACAGUUGUUAGUGAAUUUGAGGACAAGCGCCUGAAAGGCUCCAUUAGGACUGCUUCAUUUAGCUGCUUUGUGUUUUAGCUUUUGGUAUGUUUAUUUGUUUAAAAUUUAAAAAGGAAGCAUAGAAUCACCGAUAUAUAAUGAGUAUUUAAUGGCUUUCUCAAAUUAUCUAAAUCAACUAAGACAAAAAGGAAAAUAUUGUUUGUUGUUAUUUUAAUAAGUGAGAUUUUAGUAGAGCACUUUAUAAUAAUGCCAUAUAUCUCACUGAAUAUUUAUUACUUUUUUGUUGUUUAGGACUAUUUCAUACUGGUUGUUUUAUUUGUCAGCCUGCAUACUUACCUCUGGAAUCUUUUGGCGUGUCAAUGUGCAUGUAUUUAUGUAUACUUACCUAAGUAUGCACGCGUGUACAUUGAGACAUACAUAUUUGUGCACAUAUGCAUACAUAUAUUUGAUUGAAGACUUGACAUGGCAAAAAUCAGAGCAGUUUCAUUAUCAUUUGGUUUUGCUUGCUUGUUUUUAAAAUUCCCAGCUUCAUAAAAUAGAUCUAUAUCAUUCAUGUUUUGAGGCAAAUUUAGAAAGUCAGGAAACUCUUGUUAGUAACCUAACUACUGUAGGCUUUUGCAUGCAUUUUCAGCCAGUAAUUCCUUUUUCUUCCAAAACUGUGUUGAGAGAAUUGGAUUUAACUCUGUUUGAAGUUAGAAGAUCUUUAUAACUAAAUAAUUGAAUCAUGAUGAGUAUUUCAGUAAAUUGUAACUAAAUGAUUCAGAGUUAUGUGUAAAUAUAAUAAAUGCUUAAUAUAACAAUGCAAUAAACUUAUAAACAAAAGUUAA